CUAUAUCCGGAUUCUUAGAGCGGACUCAGAGCUCCACGGUUCCCUACGCGGUUAGCACAUGCGCGACGGCUCUGCUCCCUCUUCCUCCACUUCCACUACCUUAUACCGUCCGGGAAGCCGCCGCCACCGCCGCCGAGGAGUCAGGAAGUUCAAGAUGGCCGCCGCGGAGACUCUGUCGGUGCGGGAACAGCCAGAGAUGGAAGAUGCUGAUAAUUCCGAAAAGAGUGUAAAUGAAGAAAAUGGAGAAGUAUCAGAAGACCAGUCUCAAAAUAAGCACAGUCGUCACAAAAAAAAGAAGCAUAAACACAGAAGUAAACAUAAGAAACAUAAACAUUCCUCAGAAGAAGACAAGGAUAAAAAACAUAAACAUAAGCAUAAACAUAAGAAACACAAAAGAAAAGAGGUUAUUGAUGCUUCUGACAAAGAAGGUAUGUCUCCAGCAAAAAGAACUAAACUUGAUGAUUUAGCUUUGCUGGAAGACUUGGAAAAACAGAGAGCCUUGAUUAAAGCUGAACUUGAUAAUGAGUUAAUGGAAGGAAAGGUCCAAUCUGGGAUGGGGCUCAUAUUGCAAGGCUAUGAGUCUGGCUCUGAAGAAGAGGGGGAGAUUCAUGAAAAAGCAAGAAAUGGAAAUAGGUCUAGUACCAGAUCAUCAAGUACAAAGGGGAAACUUGAACUAAUGGACAAUAAAAAUAGUACGAAAAAGCGAAGUAAAAGCAGAUCCAAAGAACGGACUAGACAUAGGAGUGAUAAAAAGAAAAGUAAGGGAGGUGUUGAAAUAGUUAAAGAGAAGACAACUAGGAGCAAGUCAAAGGAGAGGAAAAAGUCCAAAAGUCCAUCCAAGAGAAGUAAGUCUCAAGAUCAAGCAAGGAAAUCAAAAUCUCCUACCCUUAGAAGGCGAUCUCAAGAGAAAAUUGGGAAGGCCAGAUCUCCUACUGAUGACAAAGUUAAAAUUGAAGAUAAAAGUAGGUCAAAAGAUAGAAAAAAAUCCCCAAUUAUAAAUGAAAGUAGAAGUCGUGAUCGAGGCAAAAAAUCCAGAUCCCCCGUUGACUUAAGAGGUAAAUCCAAAGACAGAAGAUCACGGUCCAAAGAGAGAAAAUCAAAACGGUCUGACACGGAUAAAGAAAAGAAGCCAAUUAAAUCUCCCUCUAAAGAUGCUUCUUCUGGGAAAGAAAAUCGGUCACCCAGUAGAAGACCGGGUCGAAGUCCUAAAAGAAGAAGUUUGUCUCCAAAACAACGGGAUAAAUCAAGGAGAAGUAGAUCUCCACUUGUAAAUGACAGAAGGUCUAAACAAAGCAAAUCACCUUCCCGAACUCUGUCUCCUGGUAGAAGAGCCAAGAGCCGAUCCUUGGAAAGAAAACGAAGAGAACCAGAAAGGAGACGACUUUCUUCUCCAAGAACACGACCUCGAGAUGAUAUCCUCAGUAGACGUGAAAGAUCAAAAGAUGCCAGCCCGAUCAAUAGGUGGUCUCCAACCCGAAGAAGAGCAAGUAGAUCUCCCAUCAGAAGACGGUCUCGUUCCCCACUCAGACGUAGUAGGUCACCCAGGAGAAGAAGCAGGUCUCCUCGGAGGAGGGACAGAGGUCGGAGGAGCCGGUCACGCUUGAGAAGGCGGUCUCGAUCACGGGGUGGUCGUAGACGUAGAAGCAGAAGCAAAAUAAAGGAAGAUAAAUUUAAAGGAAGUCUUUCUGAAGGAAUGAAAGUUGAACAAGAAUCUUCAUCUGAUGAUAACCUUGAAGACUUUGAUGUAGAGGAAGAAGAUGAAGAAGCCCUAAUAGAACAGAGAAGAAUACAGAGGCAGGCAAUUGUUCAGAAAUACAAAUAUCUUGCUGAAGAUAGCAAUAUGUCUGUGCCAUCUGAACCAAGCAGCCCUCAGAGCAGUAUCUGUACACGGUCACCUUCUCCGGAUGACAUUCUGGAAAGGGUAGCUGCUGAUGUGAAAGAGUAUGAACGGGAAAACGUUGAUACAUUUGAGGCCUCAGUAAAAGCCAAGCAUAAUCUAAUGACUGUUGAACAGAAUAAUGGUUCAUCUCAGAAAAAGCUCUUGGCACCUGAUAUGUUUACCGAAUCUGAUGAUAUGUUUGCUGCCUACUUUGAUAGUGCCCGUCUUCGGGCUGCUGGCAUUGGAAAAGAUUUCAAAGAGAAUCCCAACCUCAGGGAUAACUGGACAGAUGCAGAAGGCUAUUACCGUGUGAACAUAGGUGAAGUCCUAGAUAAGCGUUACAAUGUAUAUGGCUACACUGGCCAGGGUGUCUUCAGUAAUGUCGUACGAGCCAGAGAUAAUGCAAGAGCCAACCAAGAAGUGGCAGUAAAAAUCAUCAGAAACAAUGAGCUCAUGCAAAAAACUGGCUUAAAAGAACUAGAAUUCCUGAAAAAACUUAAUGAUGCUGAUCCUGAUGACAAAUUUCAUUGUUUGCGACUCUUCAGACACUUUUAUCACAAACAGCAUCUCUGUCUCGUAUUUGAGCCUCUAAGUAUGAAUUUACGAGAGGUGUUAAAAAAAUAUGGUAAGGAUGUUGGUCUUCAUAUUAAAGCUGUAAGAUCCUACAGUCAGCAGUUGUUCUUGGCAUUAAAACUCCUUAAAAGAUGCAAUAUCCUACAUGCAGAUAUCAAGCCAGACAAUAUCCUGGUUAAUGAAUCAAAAACUAUUUUAAAGCUCUGCGAUUUUGGGUCGGCUUCACAUGUUGCGGAUAAUGACAUAACACCUUAUCUUGUCAGUAGAUUUUAUCGUGCUCCUGAAAUCAUUAUAGGUAAAAGCUAUGAUUAUGGUAUAGAUAUGUGGUCUGUAGGUUGUACCUUAUAUGAACUCUACACUGGAAAAAUUUUAUUUCCUGGCAAAACCAAUAACCAUAUGUUGAAGCUCGCCAUGGAUCUCAAAGGAAAGAUGCCGAAUAAGAUGAUUCGGAAAGGUGUAUUCAAAGACCAACAUUUUGAUCAAAACCUCAACUUCAUGUAUAUAGAAGUUGAUAAAGUAACAGAGAGGGAGAAAGUUACUGUCAUGAGCACCAUUAAUCCAACCAAGGACCUGUUGGCUGACUUGAUUGGGUGCCAGCGACUUCCUGAAGACCAACGUAAAAAAGUACACCAGCUAAAGGACUUGUUGGACCAGAUCCUAAUGUUGGACCCCGCUAAACGAAUUAGCAUCAACCAGGCCCUACAGCAUGCCUUCAUCCAGGAAAAAAUUUAAACGAGAUGAAAGAAGCUCCAAGGGUUUGAGUAAUUAAAUACAAAGACUGAAGAAAUUUCACAGCAGUUUAUUAAUGUAUAUAAACUUAUAAAUAUUUCUCCAGCAAAUUUGAGGAAGCAUGAUAUAUUUGAAUUAACACCAAGGGUGAUAUUUCUUUUAGAAAUGUUAGUUAAUCUGUUUUGUGUCUUAUGUGAAAUUUCACUGUAGAACUGUUUUAAUUGCCAAGACUGCACAAAAUUACAGUGCUAAUGUAUAUGGUUGCAGUUCACAUAAAAGACAAAAAGCAUCUGUUAUAAAAUGAGUAGUAAUAUUGGGUGGUUGAUUUAUUUUUAGCAAACUUGGCUUCAUAUUGGUCUUCAGAUAAAAUGGCCAGCAUAAAUGCUGUUUAUAUUCACGUUUUCCUAGGUGUGUGUGUGCAGGCCACAGCAGCAUGCCCUUGGUGUAGUCAGUGCCGAAAGGGGUCUGUUCCUUCUUGAGCCUGCCUGCAGGGAUGGUCUCCUCUUUUAAAGCAGGUUGUGUACAACAUUCAGUACACUGAAGGUAAGCUAAACCAUCAACAUCACUGGUGUUUUAAGAUGUUAUUUUACUGGAACAGUUGACAAAUGAGGGAUAUUAGCUUUGUGGCGGAAUUCCCUGCAUGUGUGGUAACUGAUCUUGUUUUAUUUUUUGGCAUUGCAACUGUGGCAUAGUUACAGUUUCUGUUCUGUUCAUCACAUUUAAAAUUGGAAGAGUACGCGCUUGAUGGAUAGAGCGCCUUCAGUGUACUGUUUCUUAUUAACUUUAAUUUUUUUAAAUCAACUUGCUAUAGACUUUAUAUACAUUUUGUUAAAUACAGUUCGUAGUGACGUAGAAACAAGGCAUAGUUUUCCUUUACUAAUUACACAUGUUGAGGCCUAAUUCUGAAAGUCCUCAUAUUUAAAAGUUAGACAACAUAAUGAAAUUUUUAACUAUUUGUAUGUCAUUUUGAAAGUGUACUGCUUUAUGGUAAAAGUGUUUUUCAUUUGUUCAUUGUUUUCAUUAUUUGUGAUCAUGUUGUCUUUCAAUACAGGCAUAAACCUUCCACUCUUGAACAAAGCAGCUGCUUUUUAAAAGCGGUAAUUGCUUCUUUACCUUUUAUUUCUUUUGUAAAUGAAGCUUUUCUUUAAGAAUGUGACUUUAAAGUGUUGUCUAUUGCAUAAAACAGUUGACACUCACUUAUUGUAAAGUGAAGAUUGUUCUCCUGCAUGUGAAGUGGACCAUGCAGAUUUCUGUAUGUUCUCAGUAUGCAUCACUAGAUAAUAAAGUCUUUUGUGAACAAGGCAUUUGUAGCCAUUUUUAAAAGUUUUUGUCUUCAGUGCUGGUAAGUCAGGUAAACCAUACAUAGUUAAAAAGCAAUCUUUCAUUUCUUCCUUUAAGUCUUUAAAAGAUUUAUUUGUUAAAGAUGUAAGCUUAGCCACAAGUUGAUCAUUUUAUUAAUAAUCAGGAUCCUAACUAUUUCAUCAAAAAAAAAAAAAUCCUACAGAUAUUGUCAGCUUUCAGUGUAGUGAGAUAAUUCCUGUAGGUUACAGGGUGUAAUUCAGGAUUUAACUAAUGUUUCUGCUAUUUUCUCACUUUUCCUUUUGAUGGUGCGGAAAGAGAAAAGGAAAACGGGGCACAGGCCACUCACCGCCUUCUCCAAGGGGUCUGAUUUGCUGAGACACCAGCUUCACCUUCUUAACAAGGUUAUUUCUGACAGCAUGUGUAGUUAAACAUUUAGCAACGAUUUAAAACAAAAUCCUGUAAAUCAGCUUGGUUUUGCAACACAAAGGAAUUUGUAUUUUUAACAUGGUAGGAGAGCAUUUUCAGAAAUGUAUGUACAUCUUUUCUGUUUGGGUGGUAAAAUUAAUGCUUGUCUUCCUGAGCAUUGUGGAAAAUAACCAGAUUUUGGGGGUUUAAAUAAUAUUUUUAAAUUGUAAAUGGGAUUUUUUUAUUCACCCAGGCACCUAAUUACAACAAGCAUGCACAUUUUGGUGCAUUCAAGAAUGGAAAAUCAGAAUAGCAGCAUUCUUCUGGUGGGUUUUGCUCCAUUUAAAGACAUGAAAUGAACUACAGCCAGGAAGGUGAUAGAUGAUAUAAUAAGCCAACUUUGAAUCUACACCCCGUCUCUUCAUGGUUUAGACUUACUAAAAAUAAAUAAAAGGUGGUUUCCAUCUUCAGGUAGAGUGAAGCCUUUUAAAUAAGGCAUCACAGGUGCAGCUGUCUACCUUACCAAAAUGGGUAGUGAUUUUCCCACCAUGACUUACUUUAUUUUGGUGAUAAUAUGCUGCAUAUUCAAGUCUUUGGUAGUUAUUUUCACUCGAAAUAGUUAACAUUUUGAUGCUUCUGGUGAUUUUCGUGACUUCAUUUUAUAUAAUUAUUUAAUAAGUAAGUUAACUUCCACUAGAAACAGUUCAUCUUAUGCCUUCAAAACUGUUACCUAUUCUUUAAAAAACAAAGUUGCUUGUUACUUGUUCUUUGUGUUUUAGGUGCAGUUCAGUGGAAGAUGAUGACAGCCAGAAGACAUGAGCUAAGGUUUCUGUCCUAUAAAAGAUUUAAAAAAAAAAAAGAAAGAAAGAAAGAAAAAAAGAGUUCUCCAUUUAAUUUUUGUCUAAUUUUUUAGUUUUCAGCAUUAUGAUUUGGGUUUCGUUAAUGUUUGGCACUUAGAAUAGUAGUGCUGUUGUGGUGCACAUCUGUAAAGUGCUUGUUUUAUCAUGCUUCCUGCCUCCUUCCCCUCCCCCCCCAGUAAAAACAGUAGUCAAAUUUAGUGACUCUUUAUGAAAGAGUCUUGAAUGGUGAGAUUCCACAUAACACAUGGCCAUCAAAAUUGGUUCCUAGGGGUUAUUAGAAAAAUAGAAACCACCAAAAUCACAUGUAUCAAAAAGUAGUCUUUAGCUUUAGGUAUCUUAUCUCCUUGGCAGAUGCAAAAGAAUAGAAAGUGGAACUUUAAGACCACUGUUACUCAACUCCUUUAAUACUCUAGUCCCCAACUUUCCCUUUUAGUAACUGUUUUUGCGAGUGCUCCAGUCAUGGUCUUAAGAUAGACAAAAUAUUUAGAACCACUGUCCGUUUUUCUUCUUAAGUGAGAGAAGUAGAUCUUUGUUCCCAAAUUUAGCAUUCCUAGAUUUGUCUAUUCUAAAAACCCAUAAACAUUCUUUAUGUACAUAUACAUGAUUUUAUUAGAAUUAAUAAGUUUGCUGAGGCAGAGAUUUGGAACUUUGUAAGACCUCUAUUAGAUGAUGGUCAUAAUUUAGUGAAUUAUCUUUAGCCUGCAUUCAUAUUUCAGAGUAGCUGUAUAGUUUUCAAAUAAGUUAAUCUCUGAUGAAGCAUUUGUUUUAUUAUACUUCACAGCAAAAAUAUCCCGUGAUUGUCAGAUGUCAGGGUUCCUAAGUCUUAGGAUCUAACCCUCAAAAAGAUCAUAGUUUUUUCUGUAGUCGGGGCAGGUGAGAUCCAGAAUGCAGAUACACUGUAGACCCUGUUCUCUAUGUGAACAGGGUCAUGGUUUUCAUUUCAUUUCAUUUCAUUUCAUUUCAACAGGGUCAUUAUUUUCAAAGUCAUGGUUUAGAGUAUCAAGGUUGGAGUAUCAGGUUGGACUAUCGAGGUUUUGAAGGAAGGGAACAUCUUAAUUUUAAAGACCUUCCCAGUAUUCCCAUUCACCCCUUAGUCCUUAUUAGUUGCAUCCUGUUUAUUCCCCAAUGUAUAACUCAUUCCACUCUACUACUUUCAAAAUAAGUUUGUUUUUAAGAUACUGUAAUUUUUUUCCCAUUAUAAUAACCACCUUUUUUCUCCAAAACAAAUACUCAGGACAUUUCUACAAUACAAAAAAAUGUAUGUUUUAUGGUAUGUGGUAGAGGCAGAGAAACGUGUAAUGUUCUCAGAUCUGUUUCAUAUUUGCAUUCCUCCUACUAUGCUUUACCUGUUCUUUAUCAUUUUGUAACGCUAGCUGGGUAGGUAGAAAUAAAUCUCUGGAGUGAAACAGAGGAAUCACAUAUCUUCAAAUUUAGGCCAAGUAGUUAAAGAAUGCCCUUUUAAAUGUUGGAGAUAACUCAAGUAAUUUCCUUUCAUUAAUUAUAAUGACAUUAGAAAUUGGGCUUCAUAAAAAGUGUUUCUUUCCUUGUAGUAUCGUAGUUCAAGCAUAUAUUCAACAUGAGUUUAUCAUCCUCCUAGAUGGAAUAUCUUCCUUAUGGAAAUGUUCACUACAAAUUCAUUUGUGUUUUUUUACAUGUCAAUAGUGUACACUAAAUUGACUUUUAAAAUGUUUUCCAGUUAUUUGAUAGAUAUCAUCAUGGCAUCCUUAAUUUUUUUUUUCUCCUUCUGUAUGUAGGGUAAGGGGCUAUUCUUCUGAAGAAUCUUUCCAUUUAGUGAUCAAGAUAUGGAAGCUGGUCUCUGAAAAUACUCAAUAUGUAUCCCAGUUACUCGUGGUAUCAUUUGAAUUGUAACUUGCAUUUUAGAAGCAAUGUUUCCAAUUAUUGGGAAAACUUAAUAAAAUAUGCCUCUUGUUACCA